CAUGUGUCGCGCGAUUCGAGGCACUGAAAUCAUACGUGACGUCACUGAGUGCAGUAAACAUGGCGGAGGAGCUUCUGGAGGCAGUGGACAGACUUCAGGCCCGGCUCCUGGAAAAUCCGGAGCCCCGGAAGUUGCUGAAGGCUCUCAGAAGACUCGGAGAGCUUCCGAUGACCGUGGACAUCCUGGUGGAAACUGGAGUCGGGAAGACUGUGAACUCUUUUAGGAAACAUGAAGUUGCCGGAGAGGUGGCAAAAAGCCUUGUAGCCAAGUGGAAGAAACUGGUUCCUCAGUCUGUGGACAGACCCAGCAACAGCAAUGUCAAGGAGGUGCCGCAGUCACACGCCCACUCUCGCAUUUCUAAGGAACAUGUGGGAAGGGGGCAAAAACACCUCCGGGAGCCCUCCCCUGAGGACGAAACCCCCUACAUGAAGGAAGAUGAGGAGCAGGAGGAGGAAGAGAGUCACUACCACACCAACUACUUGCCCUCACCCCCACAGCACGAGGACUACAGCCUGCCGCAGCAAGGGGGCUACGAGUCAGAAGGGUACGAGAGCCCUGCACCUGAGAUCACCCCCCCUCCUCCUCCUCGCAAAGUGACCCCCCACACCAAACCGGACAGACAGCCUGAUAGAAACCGCCAUCACGGCUCCUCCCACAGCAGCCGGAACAGAGACAGAGAAUGUCAUGCACAGACAGGCGGUCAUCGAGGAGGAGGUGAAGGAAAGAAGCCCGACAGGGAGAGAGAAGCACGGCAGAGUCCAGCAUGCAAACCUGCAAAGCACAUCCGGAAAUCCACCGCGCACGAGCGCAAGGAGGAGGAGAAGAAGAGAGGAGGAGACGACAGACGAACACGGGCACCGAAGGAGUCACCUGCCAAGGAUGAGGACGACUCCUUCGAGGCGCCAACGAUGUCGUUUGAGUCUUUUCUCACAUAUGACGCACCGACAACUGUCAAAAAGAAGAAGAAGCCGCCGUCGUCGUCAUCACACAGUCGGUCGUCUCGGCCGUCCCAUCAUCCACGGACGCCUCCUCCUGCAGUCGCUGCCUCCUCCUCCUCCUCCACCUCUGCUUCCUUCAAAUCAAGCAAAGCUAAUGGUACUCAAAGUACCAAGAGACCACAUUCAGGGUCCAGUCCUGCAGCUGCUGCCCCGACGCCCAAAAAACGCAAGCGGGUUGUGGAGGCUCUUCCAACGCUUCCUGAACUCACCCUGCCAGCCAUUCAACCCAACUACAGACCUUUGCCCUCCAUCGACUUCACACCGCUCUCGCCACACAGACGGAAAGGUCCAGUCUGCAAUGAUGAAGAGGACGCUGGUUUCACAGGGAAGAGAUUCAACUCGAAGAUGGUGGUCUACUCGGGAUCAAAGCCCUCCUAUCUGCCCAGGAUGAUGACACUGUAUGAGCAGUGCAUCCGCGUGCUGCAGAACAACAUCGACUCUAUCGCUGAGGUGGGAGGUGUACCGUUUGAGAUCCUUGAGCCAGUUUUGGAGCGAUGUACACCAGAGCAGCUGUAUCGCAUUGAGCAGAGCAACCAGUGCUUUACGGAGGAUUCUGAUGACCUGUGGAGGCGUCACUGCCAGCGUGACUUUAAGCGCGAGUCUCCUCAGGAGUUCGAGUCUUGGCGGGAGAUGUACUUGAGGCUGCAUGACGAGCGUGAGGAGCGCCUGCGGCUGCUCACCCAGAACAUCACGUCUGCACAUGCCAACAAGCCUAAAGGGCGGCAGGUUAAGAUGGCGUACGUGAACUCUGUUGCUAAGCCACCACGCGAUGUUCGCCGACGUCAGGAAAGGUUUGGAACCUUUAGCGGUUCGCCCGCUGCAACGCCAGUCAAAAUCAGACCUGCUGUCACAGACUAUUCUGGCGAGUCGAGCCGCUCUUCCUCCUCCCAGCAGAACCCUGUUGCCAGCUCAUCCCACUCCUCAGCACCGAGUGCAGGAGGAGGAGGAGGAACAGGAGGAGCAGGAGCAGCAGCAGCAGCAGCAGGAGUGCACAUUCCCCGGGACAAACCACAGGUCAAAAGUGAAAAUAGCCCCGAUGAUGGCCAAAACUAUCAAAUUUUUCAAGAACAGGUUCUCCCGACGAUAGUGUGAAGAGAAACCAGACUCAACUUUACAAAUUUGAAAUUUCAACAACUGGAAAUUCACCCAUGUUUUUAAAUUCAGUUAAGCAGAUUUUACCACAGACACCCCCCCCCCCCCCCCAUUAACUUUAUCUUUUAAACAUCUCAGAUUUGCUUCCCUGAAAUGUUGCUGCAUUUUUUUUGCACAGAUUGAUAUUCAGCACACAUCCUUCUUUUCAUACUCAAACCUGACUAAAAUCAAAUUGUAGCACUGUUUUUUUGGUUUGUUUGUUUUUUUUUGUUUUGUUUUUUUGGCUUGUUGUUUUUUUUGUUUGUUUUUUUUAGAAUUGGAGGAUUUAUUUAUCUUUACUAAUGUCCCUGUUGGGAUCAAACACAUAUGACAGAGCAUGAUAUCAAGCCACAAAUACACAGAAAAUACAGCCAAAUACAAAAAUAAGUUUGAGAACACAGAAGCAACAAAAAGAGGGGAGCAAGGGAACCGCGUAAAAUGACAGAAGUGAGGCAAACGUUCACACAACUGGACCUCAUAGCAGAAAUCAGGCGCUCCCAUGUGUGGCAAAGCAGGCAACAGCAGACUCCUCUGAAAUGGGCACCACAGAUUGAAAUGGGAGCAUGCCACUAGUCAAACCUGCUGAGUAUUACCACAGGAACAGAGUUUCUCUUUCAGCGAGUGAACGGCACCGCUGCAGGGUCAGCAACAACAACAAAAAAAACCCCACUUUGGGCCUGGUGCAAAUGUUCAUUGACACAAAGUUUUUCUUAUGACUGGUGGACUGUACCGCCACAGGAACAGGGUCAGGAACAUGUUAGGUGUGAACCACCAACAUAGGAACCGGACUGGUGGUCCUUCCUGCUGCUAGAACUUAAUCGGCAUGCUGUAACACUGCAGCAACAAGACCUUGGAUGUCACAGUUUCAGAAACAGACGGCCUCUGAUUCCCACACUGGAAGGGUUUGAAUUGUACUUAAAGUACUCUGACAGUCUCUGGGCAGAGUAGUUCGAGGCAUGGCUUCCGGUUGAUGAUGACUUCAGGGCCAACAAACACUGCCUGAGACAUCUUGAGGUGCCUGAGAUGUUUGGACCUGGUCAACAAACUCUGUUGGAUUCAAGCAGUAAUAGUUAGAUUAAAGUUAGAAUCUAAUUUUGUAUCAAAUGGAGAUGAAUGGACUGAAAAUACGGAUCAUUUCCACUAAACGGGUGAAUUCCUUCUGCAGGCAUUCUGAAAUUUAGGAGUUGCCUUCACUUCCAACCAACACGUAAGUGGGUAAAAAGCAGUGCAGGCAAGACCAGGAUAAUUUGGGUGGGACGAAUGAAGCCAGAACCCCCCCCAAAUCUUGUAGUUACCAAACAAGUUAUGUCUAUCAGGCUAAUCUUGGUUCAGAUGUUUGAUUAAAUCAUAUUUCGGCAGACUGAGUGGUGGUUUGGGGCGGAUCUUCAAAACUACGAUCAGGAUAUUGACUCAGUAACAGUUGCACCAGUGGACCUCAUGUCACCAAGGUAACCGCUAAUUAGUGCUAACAUACAAAUUAAAUAAUACUAAUAUUUGCAAUAGAGUGCUCAGAAAGGACAAAUAGCAGUCAAGCCCACAGCACCUUGCACCUGGUGCUGUGGGCACGGGAGUCUGGUGUCACUCAAAUUGACCACGCACAUCUAGAACUUUAUGCUUAAAAUAUCUUAAGCCAAUUAAUUAAAAAAAUUCACCCCCAUAAAGUUGCUAUGAAUGGAAAAGCUAGCUCUAGAAACCAAGACCUUGUUUUUUCAUUUUUGUUUUUUGUACUAGGCUGUAAACAUGUUUAUUUCUGCUGUAUAGAGAUUUUAAGAUGGAGGUUGAAGGAGAUUGACUCACUUUUAGAGCCUGCCUCAAGUGGCCACUCAAAGAACAGCAAGAUUGGUGACUUACACAUGGGCUUACUUUUUGAGUACCAGAGGUUGGGGUUUUGCAAAUACAAGUGGAACUGCUUCACGACUUAUGAUAUUAGACCGAAAUACUCCUAAGACCUGCUGAAAUCUGUUUUUAAAUCUUUGUGAAAGAAGAUACAUUUGGUGCAUGUUUACAAAAUAAAAGGGUAAUUAAUAUCAAUUUAAUUUCAAUUUAUUUUCAUUUAUAUAGCACCAAAUCACAACAAAGUUGCCUCAAGGUGCUUCACACAAGUAAGGUCACCAUAUCACUCUUUAAUUGAGGGAUGAUGUGUGUGCCAGACAGGUAAUGGUUCAUAUAAAAAUGUAAAAAAAAUUUUUUAACUGUAUUUUUUUUUUUAUUCCAUAAGCUGGUUACAUCUGAUCCUGUUGAAUUAACACUAUCAUAUGUGUUGUUAUCAAUAUGACUGUAUUUCAGAGGAAAAGUCCGAGAAUCAUCGCACAUGGAAUAUUUUUUUAUUUUUAUUUUUGCCCCCCCCCCCCAGGUCCGGAAAAAGAGGGUGUUGUUGUUGAAAAAGAGACUGUUGUGGACUUUUGUUUUUUGACAGGAUACAGAAUAAAUCCUGAUGUCAUUCAAAUUGUUUGACUUUACAAAACGGCCACCUAUUAAGUUACUGUUAAAAUAAUUGGUUGUUUGUUCCUGUUGGUGUCAUUACAGGAGAAAAUUGACAAAAUCAUGUUUUGCAAUUUUAAUUGCAUGUGAUGCACAUCAGCCGGGACAUAGAACUUCACUAAAGAUGACAAUUUGACAGUCAGUGAUUCAACCUUUUAAUUUACUUUCUUUUCCUCACGCAAAUGAGAGAAGAAACAGGAUUUGUCUGGUGCAUUUUUCAAAUGUAUGUGAACAAACAGAAAAAGAAGCCAGCAUUUGUGUGUUCCUGCUGUCGACUGUGUGCAUCACCCUUUAUAUUUGCUUCACUGUGAUGAGUCGCUUAAGUUUGUGCUGGAGACAGGAAGGAGAAUGAGCAAAAUAAGGACUUCUGCAGCUUUGCUCUUCAACCUCUAUUUAUUUUCUGGAAAUGUAGGAAGUAGGUUAAAAUGUAAUUUUAUUAGAUUUUAAUAAAUGAUAUAUGGUCAUUUUUAUUAAACUUGACUUCUUGCCCUUAA